CUCUCACCCCUCUCCCCAGCUUCCGCGACCUCCAGUCAGACCCGGGAUGAAGAUGGAGGUCACAAAGCUCUACACGAACGCCAUCUUCGACUCAGUAGCCCGCAAGCUCGUUACCGACCAGGUCAUCACGGUGUCGACGAAGUAUGGGAUCAUCCUGGAUGUCAAGCCGUACAAUAUCGUUCUCUUCAGUCACCUUACCAAGGAGGAUGAGGCGCAGGGGAUCAAGGUGUUAGACUUGAGGGACCUCACAAUCCUCCCUGGGUUUGUGGACGUGCAUGUUCAUAUGUUCCUCCACGCCUACAAUGAGGUAUCCUGGACGAACCAAAACACGCAGGAGAACGUGAUAGAGCGCACGAUCCGCGCCACCGUCGCCGCGAAGAAGACGCUGCUCUCCGGCUUCACCACUGUGCGCGACCUGGGCACUGAAGGCGCGGGCGACGCGGAUAUCUCGCUGAGGAAGUGUAUCUCGGAGGGCAUCAUCCCAGGCCCAAGGUACUUCACCGCGAAUCGCGCGAUCGUGAGCACGGGCGCUUAUGGCCCGAAGAGCAAUGUGCAUCUCAAUCAGGAGGGCGUGGAGGGUAUCACAGGCGCGGAGGCAGCGAGCGGACCGCAGGCGUGCGUAGAGGUUGUACGCAGGCAGAUAGGCGCUGGCGCGGACUGGAUCAAGCUCUACGCCGACUACCGACCCCUCGGGCGUCAAGCACCCGCUUUCCCCGGCCGCGCUACCUUGAAUCUCCCCCUCUUCUCCCGCGAAGAGAUGGCCGUCAUCAUCGACACAGCUCACGCGUACGGUGUCCGGGUCGCCGCGCACGCGUCGAACUACGCGUCUAUCGCGACCCUUCUACCCCUCGGCGUCGACAGCGUCGAGCACGGGUACGGCAUCUGUACACCAACCCCUUCCCCAUUCCAAACUAUACUCAGCGCGCCGGCGGGCUACCCCUCCCCGCUUGCAGCAGACCCGGAAGACCUCACCCUCUUUCGUGUCCUUCGCAACUCUACCACAACCUGGGUCCCGACGCUGUCCGUCAUGUAUACCCACUCGGAGACGGACAACAUUUCCCGGCAGCGGUGGCGAACGCUCGUGCGCGCCUUCCAGGCUGCUUUGCGCGAGGGACUAGACGAACACAUCGCAUGCGGGGGCGAUACGGGCCCAUUCCCGCACGGAGACAAUGCGCUAGAAAUGCAACUCAUGCGUCGUCUGGGCGCGUCGUGGGAGAAGGUGUUACAAUGGGGGACCCUUGGAGGAUACAGGUGUAUAGCGGGCGGCAAAGUCGAUCCGGAUGCGAAGUCGGGCGCCCAACUAGUGGACGAGGUCAUCGCCGGCAUCCGGCAGGGAACGCUGGGUCCGAAUGAGAUCCCUUUCGGCGUCCUUCGACCUGGAUGGGCGGCGGACAUCGUUGGCGUACGCGGCGUGCUAAAUGGGUCUGUGGAAGAGUUUGAGAAGGCCGUGAGUAAGGAAUCGGUAUCCUUCGUCAUGAAGGCCGGUGUGGUGUACAAGACCGAAGGCAAGGUGGCCGUUGUAUGAAUAUAUUUAUCGGAGGUCUUCCAAAGCAGACGUGCACCUGAGUCAUGAACGAAAUAUUCGACGACAACCUCAGUACAUCCCGCGCCUGCACUCCAACGCCUCCGGCGCACUCCACGGAUCCUCGUCCGGCCCCCAGUUUUCCAGACACGACUCACAUCGUCUGCCCAGCGACUCCAAUUGGUUGCACCUGGGAGGCCUGCUCUGCACGCGGGCCGCGCAUGCUGCAUGAUUCUCGCACGUCCUGAAAUGCUCCGCUCUGUCCCGCAGCUCCCACAAUGUCAACAC